GCUCACUACCCCGCUGGGUGAAGGUGGAAGAGGCUGUGGCAAGAUGAGGACCAUCUUACUGAGUCUGGGGCUGGCCCAACUCUGCUUGCUGUGUGUGGAGGCUCAGGACCAGAGGCCUGUGGAGAUAGACAAGAGCAAGAUUGCAGGGAAAUGGCACAUUGUUGCUCUGGCUUCGGAUUCUGAAGGCUACCUUCGAAAGAAGGAUGAGCUGAAGAUGGCAAUGGCCAAUCUCUCACUGCUAGAGGAUGGUACCCUAAAGGUCUCCUUCGCCAUUCCCACCUCUGAGGGAUGUAAGAAAGCAGAGUUGAUCUUUAAGAAAAUAGGCAUCCCGGGUGAAUUCUACUACUCUGAGACAGGCGAAAAAACAGCGCAGGUGAUGGAAACCGACUACAAGAGCUACGCAGUGAUAUAUGUAAACAGAGUGAAGGACGGGAAGACCUUGCGUAUGAUGAGGCUCUACAGCAGGACCAAGAAGGUGAGCCAAAAAAUCGCUGAGCAGUUCAAGAGACUUGCCAAGAAACAAGGCUUCACCGACGAAAUGAUCACGAUGCUGCCCAGACAAGAGGAAUGCAGCGUCGAAGUACAAUAG